AUGGCAGGAAUUCAGUCCCGAUCGGCCAUGGCAGCUCCUUUUUCCCUCUCCACAGCCUUUCGCAGCCUGUCACUCUCGACACCGAAGCGCUGCUUCUCGACUACGUUGACCGCGCAAUCCGACAAGAAACUCCCGGAAGAUGUCCCAGCCUACCCCUACGGUCCCAGGCAAUGGUACAAACAAGCCGACACCGGUCUCUAUGGAGGCUCAGUGAUUCGUUUCGGCAACAAGAUCUCUCGAGGCCGAAAUGAAGGCAAGACACGACGAAGCUGGAAGCCCAAUGUGCGACGCAAGAAGCUUUGGAGUGAGGCUCUGCAAGAACACCUCUUCAUCAAAAUUACUCGCCGAGCCCUGCGGACAAUCUAUAAGGAAGGUGGGGUCGACAAAUACCUCAUGGGCAACAGCCCAGCUCGUAUCAAGGAGCUCGGCGUGUUCGGAUGGGAGCUGCGACACAAGGUCAUGCAAAGUCCUGCAAUCCAGGAAGAAUUCCGGCAGCAACGAGAGAAAUACGGUCUUCCGGAGCCUGUAUCAUUUGAGGAGUUCCUUGAGUCCAAGAAAGAUGAGAUUGAAGCCAAGGUCGAAGAGAGACUCAACAUUAAAGGCCUCACAAAACCCCGUGGAAAGGGGAAGGGUGAUCCUCAGCGUGUCCGUACAGGCGUACAUCAAAGUGAGGCUGUCAAGUCGGCCUGA